CACAAAAGCUGCCGUGGAAGAAGAAGCAGAAGAAGAAGAUGAUGAUGAGUGGGGAGACGUCCGGGGCAGUGAAGAAAGGAAUAAGCGUUAGAAAUGAGUCCAGAAAAUGUGCAGAGCGCUUCUGGAAGAUCUUUCCUCACCUCAUCCUGUGUGGCAGCCUGGUGGCGUACGCGGCGCUGGGCGCGCUCAUCUUCCAACACAUCGAAGGAGGGACCCCCUCCAGGACCGAGCGGGAGUACCACAAGUUUCUGACUGAAGUGGUCCACAUCGUCCAGAACGACACCAAUAACAGCUCCUGCUCACAUGAAUGUGUCCUGAGAGAUGUGAAAGACAAGAUGAAGGAGUUUAGGUCCAUAUGGUUCCAGAGACCCAGCAGGUGGACUUUCUUUAACUCCAUGUUCUUCUGCUGCACCGUCUUCACAACAGUCGGAUAUGGGGAUAUCUAUCCAGUUACCUCGCCUGGUAAGGUGGUGUGUGUCCUAUAUGCCAUGGUGGGCAUCCCUCUCAUGCUGCUGGUAAUCCUCGACGUGGGAGACUUCCUCGCUUUUCUGAUGUCCAGAGCCUACAUUCGGCUCCACAAGCUUUUCCAAGAUUUCUGCUCCCGUACCUGGUCACCAUGGAAAGCUCCAGAGAAGGUCGUGGACUCCAGCCAUCAGGCCUUUGAAGAUGCUACAUUUGCUUUUAGCCAAGAUGUAGUGAUCCGUGAACCGCUCGACAUCCGGCAGGUGAUCAGCAGCCAGGCGGAUGUUCGACACAAGUCCAUGCAGCUUGAAAACAACAAAGAGAUUUUUGAAAAGCUUCUUGAGAGGGAGAAUUUAAUCAGAAAGAGCCCGCUGCUCAGAACCCUGUCCUGUCCAGAGCUAGACCGCCUGCCUCCACCACCUAGAGGACAUGCCAUAUGGGACUUCACCGGCUUAGGGGAUGAAAUGGAAACGCUGAACGUACCUUUUUUACUUAUCCUCCUCAUUGUAUUUGCAUACAUCUGCUUUGGUGGGUUGAUUUUGCCUCUGUGGGAAACUGAAUUUACAGACUUUGACUCGUACUACUUCUGCUUCAUCACGCUAACUACUAUUGGUUUUGGUGAUAUCAUGCCAAAGCACCCAAAGUACUUCAUGCUUAUCUCACUUUUCAUCAUUGUUGGCAUGGCAAUCAUGUCCAUGGCCUUUAAGCUGAGCCAAACGCGAAUUGUAAGCUGUUACCGUAAUUGCAUUAAGUUCAUCAGCAGGGGUAAUGUAGAGACUGUCAGCAAUGAAGAGACAAACUAAGACUUCAGAAGAUUUUCAGAAUUAUCUUUAAAACUUGUACGAACUCAGUAUCUUGGGUUUGAAUCAAGGUCUCAACAGAUGCCUGUUCAGCUCGACCGGUGCAUUCUCUGUGCUAUUUAUUUUAAGCAUGGGCAAAAUUAAAAAGUGUGCAUGUGCCAAACACUUGUAGCCAUAAAUGCAGGUAUUACUCCAAAGAAACUCCAUCAAAAUGCUCAAAUUCUGCAUAUUGACGAGUUUACUGAAGAACAGAAUUAUUGGACGCCUACGUGCUCUGCAUAUUUUAAGCUACUCUGGAUAGUUUUAUAAACUGAUCAAUGAGACGUUUGUCCAA